AUGAAUCUGGCUGCUUGUAUUAUGUGGAACAUAUGGAAAUCGAGGAAUGAUCUGAUUUUCAAUAAUAUUUCUCCUUCGACAUCUCAAUGCAUCCAAAAAACAUUACAAGACUUCCAUUUGUUUGAUUUGCACCAUGCUCUUAAUUACUGCUCUGACAUUGAUAUAAAUCAAAAUAAUGCAGUUUCAAGGGAACUUCCUCCUUCUGGUGUUGUUAAAGUAAACGUGGAUGCUUCUUUCAACAAUGGGAAUGUUGCUGCUGCUGCUGCAGCGGCUGUUGAUUCUUACGGAAAUCACCUGGGAAGUGGUUCUAUUUGUUUUCAUACUAUAUCUUCCACAGUUGCAGAGGCUAAGGCUUAUGGACUCGGCAUUCAACUGGCGGAUAGACUUCAAGUACCAAGAAUCAUUAUGGAGGGUGAUGCUUCAGAUAUCCCGAAAGCCAUUAAAGGAAAUAUACAAGCGAAAUAUCAUGGGGUAUUCGUUCCACAGUUCUCUCUAUCAGAGAUCACGUCAAGAAAUUUAGUGAAGUUAGUUUCACAUCAGUUUCUAAAGACGUUAAUUCUAUUGCGCAUAAUUUAG